GCUUUUCGAACCCUUGAGCAAAUCGAAGCCGACUUGGACGCAGCGCGAUUACAAUCAGCCGCACUUGCGGCACUUAUCGCUCCUACAACGAAAAUGUUUCACUACGAUGAAAUCACAAGCAAAAGCUCAGCGUUAGCGUUAGACCAUAAAACGACCAACUUAUUUGAAGGUUGGCAUUUUCAAAAUGCAAUGAAGAUUUUUUGUCAGCCUCCCGUGCCCGUGACAAUAAAUGCUUCAUCGUCACCAGUAGUAGCUCCUUGCUCACCAGAGCCAUGCUCUGUUCAAACGGUCCCACUUGCAUCCACAACUAGUGCUCCAACCAGUACCAGUGUAGAACUGCAGCCUAUAACCGUACCUCCGACGUGUGUUUUUGGACAAUACAACCCUGAAGAAAGCUCACCGACAAGUUGCCGUCCCAUUAGGUCACAACGUACUCCGAUGCGGGAAAUUACGACGCUAGAUGAUCCAACUGAACUGGAUGAUUUCAUGCAACAAGGUGAAGAGGGAUGCAUUCAGGAUAUGAAACAAUUCAUCACUCAAUUCUCGCUUCGGCAAACCACUGUCGCGAUGAUGACUGGAGUAUCGCAGCCAUAUAUUUCGAAAUUGCUCAAUGAAACGAAUGGUGAUGGUGAACUGAUCCCACAGCGACGAGAGCGCUACGUUUUUCGACCGAUUCUUAUCCGAAUCCUCGAGAGUUUCUUUGCUCAAACACCAUUUCCUGAUUUGAAUCGCCGUAUCGAGAUUGCUACUGCCUGCAAUCAAGCAUUACAAAUUGAUAAAAAAGGUGUUGGCUUGAUGCCGAAAGAAGUGGUUUCCCCUCAGGUUGUUGCCAAUUGGUUUGCGAACAAGCGGAAAGAGUUGCGUCGUCGAUCGAAUGAUGAAUGUGCAGAAACGAGUGCUACCAAUCGAUCCCAACCGAGUUCAUCAGAUGCGGGAUCAACACCUUCGCCGAGUGGAUCAACAUCGAAUACGCCGCUAGAAAGUGAUGAACGUGCCGUAUCAUCAGCUUCUGUGCCAAUCUCAGUGCCUGCUUUACGACCGGACGGUUACGGAAUAGGAAUCGAAACGAAUCUCUUUCACACUUUGAGGGCAUCUGCACUGAUGAAUGCACAGUCGAUGUAUUCGAUGCCACAUGAAUCUUCAUCAGCUCCUCCUGCAGUCACAGCAGGCAUCGUCGACGAAAUCACCACAAACACCGAAUCAGGGAGUAUUCAAGAAGGCGCCACACCGGAGCAGUGUCUUGCCGAGAUUCAAAGCCAACUCGAUAUUGUCAACAACUCAGUUCUCGCUUUAGUUAAUCCUUAUUCGAAUUCCAUUCAUACGCCUGUCAUUAAAAUGGAACAGACGGCUGAAUAG